GAGGGACCGGAGGGCCCAGGUGCGGGCGGCGGCAGCGGGGUCGGGAUCGCGGCGGGGCCGGGGCAGGGGCAGCGGCUCCGGGCUCCGCUCCCACAGCGCGGCCUAGGCCGGGCUCGCCGCCCCCCUCGGGCCUGGCGGGGUCACCUUCAUGGGAGAGCGGUAGCGCAGGGCCCGGCGGUGCCCGGGGCCUGGUGAGGAGGCGGCGGCGGAGGAGCGGCGGGGCCCGGGGCCAUGUUCGUGCAGGAGGAGAAGAUCUUCACGGGCAAGGUGCUGAGGCUCCAUGUGUGCACCAUGGAGGGUGCGGAGUGGCUGGAGGAGGUCCCCGAGGACACCACGGUGGAGAAGCUGAAGGAGCGGUGCCUCAAACACUGUGUACCUGGGAGCUUGGAGGACCCAAAAACCGUGACGCAUCAUAAGUUGAUCCAUGCUACUUCUGAGAAGGUGCUGACAGACACAAAAACAGUGUUGGAGGAAAACGUUCAAGACGGAGAUGUCUUGCUGUUGAUAAAGAAGCGUGCUCCACCACCACUCCCCAAAAUGGCAGAUGUGUCAGCAGAGGAGAAAAGGAAACAAGAGCAGAAAGCUCCUGAUAAAGAUGCUAUUCUCAAAGCGACUGCAAAUCUGCCCUCUCGCAAUGUAGAUCGCACUGUGGCCCAUCACAACAUGAGGGAUUUCCAGACAGAGCUCCGGAAGAUCUUGGUGUCUCUCAUAGAAGUUGCACAGAAACUGCUAGCACUGAACCCAGAUGCAGUUGAACUAUUUAAGAAGGCAAAUGCCAUGCUGGAUGAGGAUGAGGAAGACAGAGUGGAUGAGAUAGCUCUGCGCCAGCUUACAGAAAUGGGGUUUCCAGAAAGCAGAGCUGUCAAAGCCCUUCGAUUAAAUCAUAUGUCAGUGACGCAGGCCAUGGAGUGGUUGAUAGAACACGCAGAUGACCCUACGGUGGAUGCUCCGCUUCCAGGUCAGACUCCAUCAGAAGCCACAGAUGAAGCUGGUGCAUCUUCUGCUGAAGCAACUGCAGGUCCUAGUUCAGAAGCAGGCGAGGAAGAGGCCAAGGAUGAGCUGACGGAGAUAUUCAAGAAGAUCCGGAGGAAAAGAGAGUUCCGUCCAGACCCACGAGCUGUCAUUGCCCUGAUGGAGAUGGGGUUUGAUGAAAAAGAAGUGGUAGAUGCACUCAGAGUAAACAACAACCAGCAGAACGCAGCCUGUGAAUGGCUGCUGGGAGACAGAAAGCCUUCACCAGAGGACUUAGAUAAGGGCAUUGACACCAACAGCCCUCUCUUCCAAGCCAUCUUAGAAAACCCAGUGGUACAGUUAGGGCUAACCAACCCUAAAACUCUACUAGCCUUCGAGGAUAUGCUUGAAAACCCCUUGAACAGCACUCAGUGGAUGAAUGAUCCGGAAACUGGGCCUGUUAUGCUACAGAUCUCUCGAAUCUUCCAGACGCUGAAUCGCACAUAGAGGGGGAUGUCAGUCCACUGUGCCACUUCCUACUGCCCUCACCUCACCUUCACCCAGCGGGAGGGUGCAUGGAGUGCUUGGGAGGAAGUGGAUGGAAGGGGAGAGGGGUUGAUCCUGUCUGAACGGGGGGUCUCACACGAGAGUUUAUGUAGUUAUGGCCAACUGAAGUUAAUUGCCUUGUGGAUUUAGUGUUAGUGGAAGAGGUUUGAAGACUUGUUUUCAGGUAUUAGGUUUAAAAUGAAAUAUAUCAAAAAAUAGGAAAAGGUUUUGUGAAAAUAAUCAAGAAUCUGACUGUUGGAAAGAAAUCCAAUCAUUCAAAAGGCCUGUGACAGUAGUUUUCUAGCCAGUUUUGCUAGCAUCUGGCUAGUGUUUACAAAAGGUCACUGACCACUAGCAUAGAAUAUUAAAUCAUCUCCAUACAGUAUUAAUUUAUGGCUCUAUCCAAUUCUAAAAAGCUUUUUAAAAUUGAUUCUUAGCAAAUGUUUUUUAAGAGUUCCACUCUGUUGGGAGAGGAAACCCAUUUCUAUCCAAACCUGUUGAUCACCUGUUUUAAUUUAAGUGAGAAUAACUCAGAGAUGGAAUUGUUUUAAUAAAUAGCAUUACUUUUUCCUAUUUAUUUUCUGCGUUAGUGUUGUUGCAGUACGUGUAGGGGAUUCUCUGUCAGCUCUGUUAAAGACGUAGUAUCUCUUUCACAGCAGAACUUGCUACUCCAAGGCUUGGAAUCUCAAGUAGGCUGCUGUUCAUAGGUUCAUACUCUGCCGUAUCCUAGUGCAAGGAGGGAUAUAUUCACAUAGUGGGGUGUUUUCCAUUUUUAUGUACACACUUUGGGAAAGGGAGACUUGUGGUUUUUGACUUUGUUUCAAAUUGUUUACACAGAUUUGCAUGGUUUUUUCAUUGGUGAGCUCUAAGGCAGCAGAACAGUUCAGGUUUUUACCUUGUUUCACGUGUUUAAAAGCAAGCUUGAAAUGACCAUCUUUGAGGUGGAAGUGGCUUUUCUUGACACUUGUUUUUACCUUGGACAUACCAAGAAUGUCAGGCUGGGGUUUCCCGUUCUGUCAGAAGACUGACUGGGAUUGCAGAUGGGAACUGAGAGCUUUCAAGGACAGAACUCGCUGUGAUUCUCCAGCCGGUUUUCAGCUGCGCUCUGCAGGUGUGAGUCCAACCAAAACCAGGUUGUGUUUUCAGAUUAAUGGAACAUGCUUCACAUCUGCCCUGAUCCCUGCCCUAUCUUGCACUUAACAGCUGUGGUUUUGGAAAGCCAGGCUAGGCAAGCCCUGCCUCUCCAAAAUGCAGAGAAACCAGCUGGGGACCCCAUCCUUAGCUAGCACAAAGGUGCCCUGUCAAGUUGAGGGAUCCUGAGGAGCAAUGCAAGUCACCUUGUUAAAUGUGGGGCUUUUCUGAAGCAAAAAUGCAACAAGAUGCAACCCGAAACCCUACAACAAGUUUUGGCCUGAGCUUGGCAUCCAGUCUCUGCUGUUAUGCAGUCAAGGCACUGGAGUUGCCAAUUUCACAUCAUUAAUAUGAAGGGUGGGGAAAUCAGAACAGCAUGAGAUUUUAUCUUGACUGCCUAUCCCAGGACUUUAUUUGUAAUUCCAUAUUAAGCUUUGCAGUUCAUGACUGCUGAAAUAUUUACUUCUACAUUCAGAAAUGCCAAGCUUUAUAGAGAUGAUGCUUCUGUUCAGACUGGACUCUCACCAAGAACAGAUCGACAGCAUGACAUGAGGUUGUUAUCUGUCUUACAACAGCUAGGAGCCAAGCCCUGCAGCCCAGUGAGUACAGCACAGUGACUCCUGAGGAGCUGGGACUGAAUGUUGUAAAGUUAUCAAAGGUUUUGAUUGUUUUAUCCAUUUUUGUUCUUGCUCCCUGAAGCUUUUUGCCUGUAAUACUACCAGAAGAUGCUGUUACUUGAAGCUCUUGAUGUCAGAGGCUCAUGCCCUUCUCUACCAGUUGGGUUUCUUGUAAAUAUUCCUUUUAAUGAGUGUUUUUAGAAGACAGCUGAGGAAAAUGACCCUGUAGUUUGGGGGCUUUUUGGUUUCUGAAUGGGUAAGGACAGGUUCAGAUGUAACAAAGAUACUUUGGUAGCAGUCUUGGUCUGUGAGGAAUGUAAAGCCUUGUUGAUGAAAUGCUGCUUUUGAUUUCAGUACUCCCUGAGCAGACCCUGGAGUGGCUGUGGAGCUUCCAGGCAGACCAGCAAGGGUCAUCUGUCAACUUUAGAGUCUUCUGCAGGUUUGGCAUCUGGUUUGCAUCUGUGGCAAGUGAGCAACCCCAGCUGCCAUGGGAGGAGCUGCCCCAGGACUGGCUGUGGCUACUGCCAGGGCAGUGUGGAUGAUGAACUUGAACCAGCCCCCCAGCUUUUAGGGGUUGAAGCUGGGGCAUUCCUGGUACUCGGUGUCUGAGGAGCAGGUGGCUCGCUUCUAAGGGUACAGGUUCUGCUGCUUGUGUCUCUUUGCAUCAACCCCACAGCAGUGAGAUCAGAGAGAGGAUGAUGCUGCCAGGACCUGCUGAUGAACUGUGCCUCUUCUUCAGUGUCAGUUUGAUUGGGGUGAUGAAGGUUGCCAGAGCUGCUCCCUCUGUGUGCCAGAACAGUCAGUGCUGGCAAACCUUUACAAGGUGUGGGGAAAAAGGCAUUGGUAAAACACAUCAUGCUUAUGAAACAGAGGAGGGUAAGAUUGUACAGGUUCAACAACAUAACUAGGUGUUGCAACAGCAGUUAGAGACCUUAGGAAUACUGUGUCUUUCAGAUGCCUGAAGGCCCAGGAAUAUGUGGUUAUUUCUGGAAUUCAUUAUUCUAGAGCUCCACAUUUACAUAGCCAAAGUGUUGGGGAGUGUGUUCUUCCUCAUCUGCCAAAUGGUCAUCUUGUUUGGUACAGCUUUAACAUAGAUAGUCCAGCUUGUCUUCUGAGAACUCAUUGCCAGUGGCUGAAAGAGGCCAGAAUUUAGGAGGUGAUAAGCACAGAAGGAGAUGAUUUAAAACCAAAAUGCACUUGAGUUUAAAUGAACACUUGAAUUGGUCAAGACCUGAUGGUGGUGGUGUUAGGGUAUGAACUAGCAGCAGUGCCCUGUCACACAGGGGUGUAGUGCUGCUUCAUCCCAGUGAACAGAGCCCAUGGUGCCUACAAAGGUGUUGGUUACCCUCAUUGCUCCCAAACCUGCAGAAGCCCCAGGAAGAUCCUUGCUGUUGAGUCAGAACAUGCAGGCAGCUCUCCAGGCACAAGGAGCGUGUGUGGUAAGAGCUGUGCCUGGUGAUGAGCUGCCCUGUCAGGCUGAAGGGCAGAGGGCUGGUGGAUCUGGUCUGUGAGCCAGCGAGAGGUCCUUGAGCACGUGGGGAUGGUUUAAGCUUUAAGGAGUGAAACACUGUCUUUUGAGGAGGAAUUGCUCACAGGAACAAGGAUUUACAGGCUCAGGCCCAUGCGUGCAUCUCUGGUGUUCAAGUUGUAACUAGCAGACGUGUUUAUGUGUCUCAUAGUGUGGUCAAGGGAAUAUGUGGAAGCCUGUGAAAUCCAGCAGUAAGGAAGCAAGGAGGUAGGUGGCUCAUCACAUGUGUUUUACAGUUGUAGCUCUUCACCCCAUCAGUCGAUACAGACAAUCUGCUUUUGAUGUUGUGUGACUCUUGAAAGCUAUUUAUUUAAAUAUAUGUAACUUGUGAUUUUGUCAUCAAAGCACUGAUAUUUUUAAUACAUAUGUGCUAAAUGGAAGUUUGUUCUCAGGGCUUCAUAUUCAUACUCUUUAUAGGGUGCAUUUAAUGGGAUGUAUCUGGGGGAAAAUGCCAGUGGCUGCUUUACAACUUGAUUGUCUUUCCCUGUGAGCCUGAGCUAGCAUCACCCUUGGAACAAACCUCCAGUGUCUGGUCCAGGCCAAAGCAUCCUCCGCUCUUUCUCUCCCUGUGAGCAGUGAUUUGAGUCUUCUUUGGCUGCAUCCCUUUGGCAAUGGUCACCCAAGAUCUCCCUACACUUCACAGGUUGAUCUUUCCUCCAUUUCAAGGACACUUCUCCAUGUGCUGGAAGAUUGUGUGGUUUCUAAUGGGGUUUUCAGUGCACUCCUAUGGGAAGGUGUAAAGGUCCCUCCUGCCAGAAGCCUGAAACCUCCAGCAAAUCUCUGCUUCCUGGCUGCUCACAGGGCACAGAUGAGUCCUGUUACAGCCUUCACCCUGUUGGUUUUCUCACCCUCCCGGAACCAAACGUGUGGGAAUUGAUCUUCAUGCCCAAGAAACACUUGAGUGGUUCUGGAAACCCUUUUAGUUAGGCCUGUUUAGGUUAUUUGAUUUGUGAUUCACGGGCUGAGGAUCUUUUAAUGUAUUUUGAAAGCUGUUUAACCAAACGAAUGUAUAGUAAAGCUGUUGGCAAAUGUCACCUGUGGAAUGAGAUGAGCAGUGACCUUGGCUUCAGGGAUGGUUUUCUCCACGUCCCUUGCACAGGAUGGUGAGUGCUUCAUCCAGAGUGAAUGCCCUGGCUUUCUACUUUUAAUACCUACCAUUUCUAUUACCUAGCAGGAUAGUGGCCCUUGCAGCUGGAUGUUCCCAUCUGAUCAUGAGUCCUUGUGCUUUAAGGCAUAAGCAAACCACUGAUUGUAUCUUCCUCUCUGGCUCAUUAUUAAUCUGAAGGGUUUGUGGUGCUGUUGUUGGGCAGGACAAUUGCUGACUGGCCAGGGCAGUGAUCCCCAUGUCCCUACGCAUGGUGCACAGUAUUGAGGUGAAUGUGUGGUCAUGGUGGUGGCUCACACAUCUGGGUAUAACAAAAGGGGUUUUUAAGGACCUCUCACCCCAUAUUUGAAGAUCUUCAGGUCCUGUUUGCAGUGUGUGAACUUCAGUCAAUGUAAAGGCAUUAAAUUCUUACUGAAUUUGGGUAUAGUUUUAUAUCAGUCUCUGGGAGCAGGGGAGAAAUUGGAGCACAGUUUAAACCAAGCCCCACAAAACCAAGUGUCUGCAGCAGGUAACAGCAGCCUGCGUUUAUCAUCAUGAACUGCCCAAGACAGUGAUUUGCCAUCCAGCACUUACCACAAGGCAGCACCAGGAAGACUUAUCUUGCAAGGUACUGGCUCUGUAUUUGUCACUUCACCUGUGUAGCACAUCCUUAGGUACAGCAUCCGAGACUCUUUGUACGCACUGGCACUGACGUGUGGCAUGCACAGCUCUUCCCAAGGUGUAACAUUACUUCUAGGGAGCUUCACUAGGGCAGAUGUCGCUGAGCCUGUGGAAUUCAGGGUUCAUUCUGGAUGGGCUCCUGUGGGUCACUGACCUCAAGUGGGAAACCAGCAGCACCAAACGCUGCUCAUCUGCACUGAGAUGUGACUGGGGUGUUAUCAAAGCCCAGCCUGCUCCCACUGAAACAGUUCCAUCCGUUGACCGUGUGGAGAGGUCGUACCCACAAAGAGGGCCAGAAUGAAUGCUGAGUCUUUAAACCUGCUCACACAUACACACUGAAGACACUGAUGUUAUGUGUGCUGUACAUUUAUAAUAUAUCUUAAAAAUAAAGGUUUUUGAUUUAUUA